AUGGACCCUCAGAGAGCAGACACAAAAAAACCCUGGUGGAGGCUGGACCUUCUGGACCAGUACACAGUGACCUCUGUCACCAUGUAUAACAGAGGAGACGGCUGCUCAGAGAGGAUCAACGGAGCUGAGAUACGAAACUCUUUACUCAACAAUGGGAACAGCAAAACCAGAACUUCAGUUGUGCAAAAUAAGCUUGGGAGGACAAGACUCUCUGGAAACACUGCUGAAAAAAUGGAACAUCACAUAUUUUACCUGCUGGGAGUGAUUACAGUGGCUGGCUUCACUGAUGCAUCAUCUAUGAAAGCCACAAACCUUGCUCUCUAUGGAAAAGCCACACAGUCAUCCUUGUAUGAUAAUCCCUAUGCUCCAUUCGGUCAUGCCUACAAUGCUAUAGAUGGAAAUACUGAAUCACACUUCCACCUUGGUUCUUGCACCGCCACUGAGUUCCAACAAAACCCCUGGUGGAGGGUGGACCUUCUGGAUGAAUACACAGUGACCUCCAUCACCAUCUACAAUACUGGAGACUGCUGUCCAGAGAGGAUCAACGGAGCUGAGAUACGCAUUGGAAACUAUUUAGUCAACAAUGGAAACAACAAUCCCAGGGCUGGGGUGAUCUCUAGCAUCCCUGGAGGACAAUCUAUGACAUUAACCUUUGAGAAAGGAUUCUCAGGUCGUUAUGUCAAUGUGAUCAUUCCUGGAGAGAAGCGACUCCUGGCUCUCUGUGAGGUGGAAGUCUAUGGCUAUCUCACUCCAGAUGGAGAGAAUGUGGCGCUGAAAGGAAGAGCUACACAGUCCAGCCUUUAUGAGACUGGGUUACCCUCCAGUGCCAUUGAUGGGAACCGAGAUGGUGUGUACAAUCGUGGCUCCUGCUCACACACUGAAAAAGACCUCAGUCCAUGGUGGAGACUGGACCUGCUGAAACAGCACAAAGUGUUCACCAUUAGUGUUGCUACCAGGCUGGAGGCUACUUCUGAAAGGCUGCAUGGAGCUGAAAUCAGAAUCGGAGACAGUCUGGACAACUAUGGCAACAACAACCCGAGGUGUGGAGUGAUCAACACUGCCAUGGCAGGGCAAAUCUUUACCUUUGACUGUAAAGGGAUGGAGGGACGGUACAUCAACAUUGUGAUUCCAGCAAGGAACGAGUACCUCACUCUGUGUGAGGUGGAGGUGUAUGGAGCUCCUCUAAAAAUGAAACAUUACAUAUUUUACCUGCUGGGAGCGGUUACAGUGGCUUUCACUGAUGCAUCUUUAAGAGCCAAAAACCUCGCUCUCUAUGGAAAAGCCACACAGUCAUCCUUGGUUAAUAACACCAAUGCGGCAUUCAGUCAUGCCUACAAUGCUAUAGAUGGAAAUACUGAUUCAAACUAUAAGCAUGGUUCUUGCACCGCCACUGAGACUCAACAAAACCCCUGGUGGAGGGUAGACCUCCUGGGUGAUUAUACAGUGACCUCUGUCACCAUCUAUAACAGAGGAGACUGCUGUCCAGAGAAGAUCAAUGGAGCUGAGAUACGCAUCGGAAACUCUUUACUCAACAAUGGAAACAACAACACCAGGGCUGGGGUGAUUUCUAGCAUCCCUGCAGGAAAAUCCAGCAUCUUGAAGUUGAAAGGCAUCUCAGGUCGCUACGUCAACGUGAUCAUCCCUGGAAAUAACCGGAUCCUGACUCUCUGUGAGGUUGAGGUGUAUGGCUAUCCCACUCCAGAUGGACAAAAAGUAACGCUGAAAGGAACAGCUUCACAGUCCAGCCUUUAUGAUCGUGGUUUUCCAUCCAACGCCAUUGAUGGAAAUCAAGAUGGUGUGUACAGUCAUGGCUCCUGCUCACACACUGAAAAAAACUUAAAUGCAUGGUGGAGACUGGACCUGCUGAAACAGCACAAAGUAUUCACCAUCAGGGUCACUAACAGGCAGGAAUUGGGUCACAGACUGAAUGGAGCUGAAAUUAGAAUCGGAGACAGUCUGGACAACAACGGCAACAAUAACCCAAGGUGUGGAGUGAUCAACACUAAGAAUAAUGUUCUGUCCUUUAACUGUAACGGGAUGCAGGGACGGUACAUCAACAUUGUGAUUCCAGGAAGAUCGGAAUACCUCACUCUGUGUGAGGUGGAGGUGUAUGGAGUUCCUCUGAUCUGAAGAACCUCUUGGCCUUUAUGAUUACAAUGUGAUGAUCAGUUUUAUUUCUCUGCUGGUUGUUGGCCAUGAUUGUACCCUGAAAGCAAUGAAAUAGAAUUUGGAUCAAAAUUAAGUGACCAAUGGGGGGUGUAAGAGGUCAGGAGUUUUCUGAUAGAGGGGAGUAGGUUAUGCAGGGCUUUGAAAGUGAGCAGUAAAAUUUUAAACUUUAUACAGGACGGAACUGGUAGCCAGUGAAGCUGAGAGAGAAUGGGAGUAAUGUGAGCUGAACACAUGGGUGAGGCUGAAUGUACUGUAGCUUUUGUACAGACUUUACAGGGAGACCAACAAAGAGGGAGUUACAGUAAUCAAUAUGAGACACAAUGAAGUUUGUGCAUUGUUAUCUGUCAAGAACAGUCGAAGAUGAGCAAUACAAUGUAAAUUAAAGAAUGCAGUCUUAUUGAAGGACUUAAUAUGUAGAUCAAAAGUGUGCAGUGAAAGUUAUGGCCAUAGCUAUGAAUAAUCUGGCCAAGUGGUAGGAUGUAGAUUAGGAAAAGAAGGGGUCUAAGAACUGAGCCCUGAGGAACACUACAUGUAACAGGACAGGUGGAGGACUAGAGUGGACUCUGAAGGCUGUAUCAAUACCAGUAGAGGAAAGACAAGAAAUAAGAACAUCAUAAGUAACAUUAUCAAAUGCUGCACGUAAGUUUAGGAGAAGGAGAAUAUUGACAGUAUCACUAUCAGCAGAUCAGUACUGGCCUCAAUUCAAGUCAGUUGUCUCUCCCGUCAUAUGCCAGGCUGCUCUGAUCAUCAUGGUCCUUAUCCGACUUGAAGCUACUUUUUAAAAUGGUCUGUUAAUAAUAUAAUAAUUUGGUUUUCAUUGGCUAACCUGGAACUGUAACAAUGGGGUUUUGAUUCAAAUUGCUUGAAUGCUUGAAUGGGUUUUAAAGAUUACCUUUUGCUGUUGAUAUUUGAUGACUGUAAACAAUGUACACCAUUGUUCAUAGCCUUAUGCAUUUCUGGGUUAAUUUUCUACUUUUUGUAAUGACAGUCUAUUGUUCUUUGGUUGAUCUCUAUUUCUCUAUUGGGUAAAUAAAUUUUGUCAGGUCUGCA